CAUGAGAAUUCAACACGAUGACAGAGGAUUUCCAACAAGUUAGACAGGAAGCAAGUGUUGUUCCCCCUCAUAAACCCAACAACAGCGGCGGUUGAAAGGAAGUCAGUAGCAUAGAAGAGAAGAGAAAAGGGUUUGCUAUGGAGAAGCCAGCUGAAGCAGAGAACGUUCUGGUCCUUCCCCCUCAUAAACAACCCGACAACGACGACAACAACAACAACAAUAGGCCAAAGCCAAAGCCAAAGCGUUUCGUGAAAAACCAAAUCCCGGAGUCAAUCCUUAACGAUCCUGUUCUGAACGCCGCAAUCUCCGUGCUCCCUUCGAACUACAACUUCGAGGUCCACAAGUGCGUUUGGCGUGUACUCUCCAGCGGAGCAAAGCGCGUGGCACUCCAGUUCCCUGAGGGCCUCCUCAUGUACUCGCUCCCCCUCUCCGACAUCCUCACCUCCUUCGCCGCCGUCACCCACUGCUACGUCCUCGGCGACGUUACCUACGGCGCUUGCUGCGUCGACGACCUCGCUGCCUCCGCCCUCGGCGCCGACCUUCUCAUCCACUACGGCCACAGCUGCCUCGUCCCCAUCGACUCCACCACAAUCCCCUGCCUCUACAUCUUCGUCGACAUCAAAAUCGACGUCCCCCACUUCGUCGAUACCCUCAUCUUAAACCUCCACAAAGCCAAAACGCUCGUCAUCGCCGGAACCAUUCAAUUCGCCUCCGCAAUUCGCACCGCCAAGCCCCAAUUGGAGGAACUAGGGUUUAGGGUUUUGAUUCCUCAGUCCAAGCCGCUCUCCGCAGGCGAGGUUCUGGGUUGCACUGCGCCCAAGGUAUCGUCGAAAUUGCUCGGUGAUGAUGGUGAGAGUAGUGUUUUGGUUUUUGUGGCGGAUGGAAGGUUUCACUUGGAGGCGUUCAUGAUUGCGAAUCCGGGGAUUAGGGCAUUCAGGUAUGACCCUUACAUGGGGAAGUUGUUUCUGGAGGAAUAUGAUCAUUUGGGUAUGAAGAGGUCCAGGAAAAAUGCGAUUUUUAAAGCCAGGGAGGAGGCUCGGAGUUGGGGUCUGGUUUUGGGGACGCUGGGGAGGCAAGGGAAUCCAAGGAUUUUGGAGAGGUUGGAGAAGAUGAUGAGGGAUAGAGGCUUUGAUUAUACUGUGGUUUUGAUGUCGGAGAUGAGUCCUGCCAGGAUUGCUCUCUUUGAGGAUUCUAUCGAUGCUUGGAUUCAGAUUGCGUGUCCUAGGUUGUCCAUCGACUGGGGGGAGGCUUUUGUGAAACCGGUGCUUACUCCUUUUGAGGCCGAUAUUGCGCUGGGAGUGAUACCUGGGUGGUGGGAGAAGAAUAAUGAGGUGGUUUGUUGCAACAAGAGUGGCUCUUGUUGUGGGGAUGCAAAGGGAGGAGGAGAAGAUUUUGGUGGAGAUUAUCCCAUGGAUUACUAUGCUCAAGAUGGUGGGGAGUGGAAUUCAUCUUAUGUGAUAAAGUCUACUCGUCCUCCUGCCAGGAGAGUUUUCGUUGUGUCGUCUGUUGCUGAUACUACUGCCAUUUCCCAACAGCCUUAGAUUUGCUGCUUAUCAGUUACAAGUUCAAGGUUUUAAAAAGACAGAUAGGAUGGAUCGUGACAUCAGCCUCAGCGUUAAGAUUUGUGUCGUGGCUAUAUUUGUCUGUGAUUUCUCGCGAUUGCAAUUGGACUGCUACUGCAAUUACAAUUAAUAAAACCUUGGUCAUAACUAACGAUUUUUUGCUCUGGAAGGAUAGAGUCUAUAGUCUAUUGUUUUCUUUUGUUUUUAGUUUUGUCUUAUUUAGGAUAAAUUUUGUAGGAUGAAUGUUUGGGGGAGAAGAAAACAUGCUGAACUGUUAUUUUCUUUGGUCUGAUAUGAGAGUGAAGAAGAUGGAAUGUGAUAAGCUCAGUUUCUGUUUCAAUUUGGUUGACGUAGCCACCAAGCUUUUUUGGUGAUUAAUUGGUUUGUGCCUUCUUUGGUGACACCUCGGUAACCACUACUCUUGCAUGGAAUGUUGUAUGUUAAUGUGAGUGUUGGAAUUUAGGAAUCAGAGAGAAACAAGUUCUUUUGUAUGACGUGUAUCUUUUAAAAUUAAUAAUAAUAGGCUCUGUUAUACCUAAA